GCUGUGGAACAACAGAAGUAAAUGAUCAAGGACGAGCCGAAAUGAUUCGAAUAUGCAGUUCCCCCCUUCUAGGCUUUUCCCACUAACGGGACGCAUGAGCGCGCACGAUCGCCCCUCGCGAUUUUGACGUUGAGGAGAAAAGUCCUUUCUGAUGUGUGACGUCAGUCCGUGAAUUUGACCACGUUGUGGGAAUCGAUCAAUUAAGGAAUAUGUCAACAUUAACUAUUUGAAACAAAUUGGUUGGCGAUAUACUGAUUUUUUUGACUGUGUUUGACAAAGCAAGUCACUAGACAAGAAAAAGCCCUGACUGGCAUCGAAAAGUAGCCCAUCCCUCCAUCUCAGGGUGGAGGACCAGAAGAGGAGGAUGUGGAGGUACCGUCUGCCUGGCUAUGAGUUGAGGCUCCUGGAGGAACUACAGAGACAGAAGCACAACAGUCUCUACUGUGAUACCCUGCUACAGACUGAUGGUUUGUCAGUCCCGGCCCACAGCUGCAUCCUGGCUGCCCUGAGCCCCUACCUGUCCAAGGCCCUGUCCACCCAGUCAUCCCCCCUCCCCGCUGGGCAGAGAUGGCCACUCAAGCUCCAGGCUGUGAAGGCCCAGACCCUGCUGAAGCUGGUGGAUCUCCUGUACUCCGGAGAGCUGGAGGGAGAGGGCACCAUGGAACAAGAAGAGGUGAUGGCCGCAGCCUGUAAGCUGGGUAUAGGCCGCUUGGUGGAGGGGUGGAAGGAUAGGGGGAGGGAGGGGGGUGAGGAGAGGAGGUGUAGUCUUACAGAGGUGGGAGUGCAGACAGAGGGAGGAGAGACACAGGUGGACGUGGGGGCGUUCGUGGAGACAGGGACACAGACUGAGGACUGGAAUGGAGGUAUUUGCAUGACUUUCCUCAGUCCUCUCCCUGGUGCUCUCCCUACAUCCACACAUUCACCCUCACCUCCAAACCCACCCCUCCUACUAGUCCAGAACAGCAGUGAAGGACAGCAGCACACAACUCCCUCAGCACCCCGUUCCCUGAGUCCCCGGAUUAUGACCCCCACUUCCCCAGUUCCACCCCACCCAGCGUCAAAGCAAUGGUCAACGGUGGAACAGCUCCCUUUAGAACCCAUGCUCGGACCUCCGAACCGGAGGGGUAUUGCACCGACGUCACAAACCCCUCAUCGUCCUCUGUUGUCCUGGGCAGUGACCACCCCACGACGCCCCGGCAGAAGAGUGCCGUCCCAGAAUGCUCUGUGACGGAGAAGAGGGAGCACACUGGGACGGGAGAGGGAGGAGGAAGGAGGGAGUGUUUGGUGAGGAGAGGUGUGGUUGGGAGGAAGUGCCUGACCGGACAGAGGCUGGAGAACACUCAGAUCUCCAUGAAGGUCAAGCUGAGGAGGAGGACCAGGGGACAGGUGUGGGAGCUGGUCAGUGGGCAGGAGAGGGACGGAACCAUCUCACCUGGUCAGAGGCAGGAGAGGGACGGAACCAUCUCACCUGGUCAGAGGCAGGAGAGGGACGGAACCAUCUCACCUGGUCAGAGGCAGGAGAGGGACGGAACCAUCUCACCUGGUCAGAGGCAAGAGAGGGACGGAACCAUCUCACCUGGUCAGAGGCAAGAGAGGGACGGAACCAUCUCACCUGGUCAGAGGCAGGAGAGGGACGGAACCAUCUCACCUGGUCAGAGGCAGGAGAGGGACGGAACCAUCUCACCUGGUCAGAGGCAGGAGAGGGACGGAACCAUCUCACCUGGUCAGAGGCAGGAGAGGGACGGAACCAUCUCACCUGGUCAGAGGCAGUCGGUCCUCGCUGCUCUGAAGAAGGAAACAGAAUGCAUGAGGACAAGACAACUACCACACCAGUCUCUCCACCCACCCCAGUUCCCAGCCCUCCCCCGAAGCUCUCCCCUCGACACAGCUUUCCUCACCCCUCCACCAGACCUCCCAAUCUCCCCACUCCGAUCCCACUUCCACUCCACCUCCAAUACCACCGCCCAGUCAAUCUCCCUCAACCACUGCAGCUCCACCCACCAUCCGACCCCACACCCAGUACAUCAACCCCAGCUCGCCUUGCCCCAGCCUCCGCAGGUAGAGGAAUCGGACGAGCAGAUCGAGAAGAUGCUGGAAGACAUCAUGAUGGGGUUGAACAUACUGCCCCCUAUGGUUCUGGAGAAGGAUUGCGAUCGGCACCACCAUCUCCAAAGCCACGACAGACCGUCGGCCUGCUCCUGCUCGCAUCAUCCCGUCCACGCAAGGCAUUGUGGGAUGCACAGCGCCAUUGGCUCGGCUUCUCGUUGCAUGUGUUCGCAACGAGAAGGAAGUGAUGCGUUGUCGACUGAAACAGCCUUCCACUCCAUCAUCUCCUCCCAUUUCGCCACCACGACAACCACCUGCACCGUCACCCCUGACCUUUACCUGGACCCCCAACCUCUGACCCCUCACUGCUCCACCCCCCACCCCUCCACCCCCCACCACCACUCUCACCCCUCCACCCCCCACCACCACUCUCACCCUCACUUCUCCUGUAAUGAUUACUCCUCUGACUGGACCGAAUGCAACCGGGCUUCCUAUUGUUCAGGUGUACUCCAGUGCUCCUCUGAGAACGCCAAGAACCACCAUGAACUCCUGGUCCGGUUCCAGAACCAGAACUCUCAGAACCAGGAACUCCAGAACCGGAACUCCAAGAGCCUGGUGGUUGGAUGCGGUGGCAGCAGCAGCAUCAUACCAGUCCACUCAGGCCCUUCACCAAGGCCUCCCCACCACCACCAGUCCCUUCCUCAGAGCCAGGCCUCUCUACCUUACACAGGGGAAGAGGACCGAGAUCCAGGGUGCUGGAAGGGUUCUUCAGCCCAGACAGGCAUUCCGUCGACAUCCAAAGAGUAUGUUUGUAAUCUGUCCUCUGCGGAUUGUCUGUCGACCAAUGGAAAGACCGCUCCAAGUCAAGUGAAUGGAGACACUCUACUCCAAGUCAAGUGAAUGGA